GGGCGGGGCCGUGGCGGGCUCAAAUGGCGGAGGCGCUGGGCGCCUAGGCCGUCGGGGGCCAUGAGCGCCGCCCGGCCCCAGUUUAGCAUCGAUGAUGCCUUCGAGCUGACCCUGGAGGACGCGGGGCCUGGGCCCGAGUCCAGCGGGGUCGCCCGCUUCGGGCCGCUGCACUUCGAUCGCCGGGCUCGGUUCGAGGUGGCUGAUGAAGACAAGCAGUCCCGGCUACGCUACCAGAACCUGGAAAAUGAUGAGGACGGAGCCCAGGCCUCUCCGGAGCCUGAUGGGGGAGUCAGCACCAGGGAUUCUGGGCACAUGUCUGUCCGCAGCUCGCAGUGGUCCUUCAGCACCAUCAGCAGCAGCACACAGCGCUCCUACAACGCCUGCUGCAGCUGGACCCAGCAUCCUCUGAUCCAGAAAAACCGCCGGGUAGUGCUGGCCUCCUUCCUGCUUCUGCUGUUGGGACUAGUGCUUAUCCUGGUCGGCGUGGGACUGGAGGUGGCCCCCUCUCCAGGUGUCUCCAGCGCCAUCUUCUUUGUGCCGGGCAUCCUGCUGCUAGUCCCGGGAGUCUACCAUGUGAUCUUCAUCUACUGUGCUGUCAAAGGCCGCCAGGGCUUCCAGUUCUUCUACCUGCCCUACUUUGAGAAGUGAGCUGUAACUGGCCAGUGGCUUACCAGUGAUCCAAGGCCUCAGGUCACCUCCACGUGUCCACAGGGUAUUCCUCCAACCUACACCUGGUUCUUUUCCUUUCACCUGGAAAGCAGAGGCCCUCUGGGACCCUCACAACCACCAGGCCCCUUUGGAUUUGCUCAGGAAGUUUGGGGCAUGCCAGCCUGGGAAUAUUGCCUCUUACCUGAUGUGUGCCUUAACUUAUUCCUGGGUCCUGGACUCCUGGGUUGGUGUAAUUUUGUGCUAAUAAAAGGGUAAUUAUUUCCAGCAA